GAGAUGGCGGCGGUGAAGGCUCUCAACCCCAGGGCGGAGGUGGCGCGAGCUCAAGCCGCGCUGUCAGUCAAUAUCUGUGCGGCCCGAGGGCUACAGGACGUGUUGAGGACCAACCUGGGGCCCAAGGGCACCAUGAAAAUGCUUGUUUCUGGUGCAGGAGACAUUAAGCUUACCAAAGAUGGCAAUGUUCUGCUCCAUGAAAUGCAAAUUCAGCACCCAACAGCUUCUUUGAUAGCAAAGGUAGCAACGGCCCAGGAUGACAUCACUGGUGAUGGUACUACUUCAAAUGUUCUGAUUAUUGGAGAGCUUCUGAAACAGGCAGAUCUCUACAUUUCAGAGGGUCUACAUCCGAGGAUAAUAACUGAAGGCUUUGAAGCAGCAAAGGCAAAAGCACUUGAAGUUCUGGAGGAGAUUAAAAUUGAGAAAGAAAUGACCCCAGAAAUCCUUCUAGAUGUGGCUAGAACAUCUCUCCACACUAAAGUUCAUGCUGAAUUGGCUGAUGUGUUAACAGAGGCUGUGGUAGAGUCUCUUCUAGCCAUUAGAAGACCAGGUUUUCCUAUUGACCUUUUCAUGGUCGAGAUAAUGGAGAUGAAGCAUAAGUCAGAAACGGAUACAACGUUGAUCAGAGGGCUAGUUUUAGACCAUGGUGCUCGUCAUCCUGAUAUGAAGAAAAGAGUUGAAGAUGCUUUUAUUCUCACUUGCAAUGUAUCACUGGAGUAUGAAAAAACAGAGGUAAACUCUGGCUUUUUCUAUAAGACUGCAGAAGAGAGAGAGAAAUUGGUAAAAGCUGAAAGACAAUUUAUUGAAGAUAGAGUAAACAAAAUAGUAAAACUGAAAAGAGAAGUCUGUGGAGAUGGAAAUAAAGGAUUUAUUGUUCUUAAUCAGAAGGGCAUUGAUCCAUUUUCCUUAGAUGUCCUUGCAAAAGAAGGUAUUGUGGCUCUUCGAAGAGCUAAAAGAAGAAAUAUGGAGCGGCUGACUCUUGCUUGUGGUGGGAUUGCCAUGAACUCCCUUGAUGACCUCACUCCGGAGUGCCUGGGCCAUGCUGGGCUCGUUUACGAGUACACGUUAGGGGAAGAAAAGUUCACCUUCAUCGAGAAGUGCGACAACCCUCGCUCAGUGACCCUGCUGAUCAAGGGGCCCAACAAGCACACGCUCACCCAGAUCAAGGAUGCCAUCCGAGACGGGCUGCGGGCGGUCAAAAAUGCUCUGGAUGACCGCUGUGUAGUUCCGGGUGCCGGCGCAGUCGAAGUGGCAAUAUCUGAAGCUCUUGUCAAGCACAAAUUCAAUAUUAAAGGGAGAGCCCGCCUUGGAGUCCAGGCUUUUGCGGAUGCAUUGCUCAUCAUUCCCAAGGUACUCGCUCAAAAUUCUGGCUUUGAUCUCCAAGAAACACUGGUAAAAAUUCAGGCAGAACAUGCAGAAACAGGAAAGCUUUUUGGUAUAGAUUUGAACACAGGUGCUCCAAUACUACCGGCAGAAUUAGGAAUUUGGGACAACUACUGUGUGAAGAAACAACUUCUUCACUCUUGGUCAAGAGAGGCCCGGACUGGGGCUGGAGACCUGGCCGGGGAGGCCCGCAUCCACGAGGCGCCCCUUCCACCCUGCAUGGUCUCACAUCUCUCCCUCCCUUUCUCCAGGUCCCCCUCCCUCCUCCUCGCGCUGCUCCAGGCUCAGACGCAGGGCCCCGCGGCCCCAGGGCUUUAG